UGGUCCAUCGAGGCUUUGCUGAAGAAGUGGGGACUGAAAGGCGCUCUACUAGACUUGGACUCGUUAAGUGAGAGCUCCGGUGUAGACUACAGAGCCCUAAUCGGCGAGCGAUCUUUGCACUUACUCGAAAUAGUUUCUGCGUAGGUUAUGGCCAGCACGGCUAGAGCGGCUCGCCUGUACAUAGGCAACCUACCGUGGACCGUAGGUCACAGACAGUUAAGAGAAUAUUUUGCUCAAUUUGGACCAGUGCAAACUGCUAGAGUAGUAUUCGAUCGUUCCACUGGCCUCAGUAAAGGUUACGGUUUCAUAGAAUUCGUGAGCCCUUCGGCAGCAGCAGAUGCCACCAACAAGCAGGUGCACACCCUGGAAGGCCUAAAUCUGGUUGUUCAAGUUCAAAAUAAUUAGUUAGCAGUAGUGUAGUACAUUAGAAAUGGCAGAAGCUCUUCCAGAAUAUCCCGAUUCAGACUUUUCUGAUGAUGACCAGUCACCUCUAGACAAGGCAUUCAGUGAUGCAGCCGACCACUUACGGAAGAUUACAAGCAGACUUGACAACAACCAGCUUCUGGAGCUCUAUGGACUUUAUAAGCAAGGCCUGGAAGGCAAAUGCAACACCCCAAAGCCAGGUUGGCUAGAUGGCCGCGGUCGCCGGAAAUGGGAAGCUUGGAGAUCCCUUGGUGACAUGCCCACUGAAG